GACCAACAAGAUGAACGUGCUCCUUCCCGAGAAACCGUGCCAGUGUUUUAUGGUUAAAUUAAGGUUUAGAUAACCAUUAUCUUUGUAUUAAGGUUUGUUUUCCAUUACUGCCUAUCUAAGAAACUCUUGAUGAUGCAGGUUUAGUGUUAAUGAUUUGACCGACCCAGAUAAGUAUAAUCCUCUUUUCUAUUAGGCUUUCUUCAAGGACCAAUUGAGUAUAAUUUGGGUUUAAUACAAGUAACGUGUACGUAAUUAAAUCAAGUAGAUGAAGUUCUAGCAUGUGACAGCCUCUUUAUAUGCACACAUUACCUCAUCCUAAUGUCCUCAACUCAGUGUUUGACAUAUUUCCUUUCCCUCUCAAUUCUACAACCUUCAACAUUAAUGGCUCGUCUCAGUCUUUUCAUACUGCUUCUACUACUCUCUCUAGUUUGCAUUACGGGCGCGGAGAAACCAGUUAGGUUUCCAAGACGCUCCCGGUCUCGGGCCUACAUCGAAAACGCAUGCACUAAGACCCUUUAUCCAUCCCUGUGCAUCCAAUACCUAUCAGUCUCUGCAAACUCAAUGACAAUACAAACUCCACAGCAACUAGCCCAAGCUGCCUUAUCCGUGAGCCUAUACAAGGCCCUCCAAACAAGAACAUUCAUGUUGAAAGUGGUUAAGGAGCUCAAGGCAAGGAAAUCCAAGGAUUACCAAGCAGUGAAAGACUGCUUAGAUCAAAUUGGUAAUAGCGUGGAUCAACUUAGUGAAUCAGUUAGAGAGCUCCAUCGCUUGGAACGCCCAGAUGCUGAAGGAGGUGAUAACGUCUUUUGGCACAUAAGUAAUGUUGAAACUUUUGUAAGCUCUGCCAUGACUGAUGCUAGCACUUGUUUGGAUGGGUUUCCGGGGAGGAAUAUGAACAAGUCAAGGGCCAUGAUUAAGGCCAAGGUUUUGAACGUGGCUCAGACUGCUAGCAAUGCAUUAGCCUUGUUUCACCGGUAUGCUGCAAAGUACAAGCCAUAAGUCUAGAUGUAAUUAAGCUUUGCUUAUGUAUCUGGAUCGAACUUUGUAGUUCAACAUUUCUUAUUGUGUAAUAUAGAUGUAUGCACGAAAGUGUUCAAAGGAGGCAUUUGUGAGUGUGAGUUCUGUGAAUUUCUUGUAAAGUUAUAUACAAAGUGAAAGUAAAACAAAUUACAUUCAAGAAUCAGUAAUAA